GCACUCUAUGCCGGGUCCCAGUUCAAGGGACUCCAGACGUGCGGAAGUAGUAGUUAUGAAGUAGUAGUUGAUAUCCAACGUGUUGACCUUAAUGAAAGCAUGCUGAGUGGAUAUCUAAACAUUAAAGGACUCACAACAGAAUUCCCUGAACUGACUACUUAUUUCGAAGGAGAAAUCAUCGGUCCAAAACACUCGUUCCUUACCCGUAAAUGGCAGACACAGCAGAUUAUUGAUCGUCGGCAUUGGGAACGAUUUGACUCAUUUAAACCAUACCUCGAGAUAUUCAAUAGAGACGGUUUUGUCUAUGAUCCAACCAAUAAGGAUUUUGUUUAUAUGCGAUGGAAGGAACAAUUCCUUGUGCCAGACCAUCGUGUUCAUACCAUUGAUGGAGCUAGUUUUGCAGGAUUUUAUUAUAUAUGUUAUCAACGCUCGACCAACAAAAUCAUCGGGUUCUAUUAU